AUGGGACGCGGUUUAUUGGAACUACACUUGCACGCCUCCCCCAUUGCUGGUGUUGAGUUGGUAACAGAGUUGUUAACGAGUAACACACUGGUUAAGCUCACAAUAUCUGGUUAUUAUGAUCUCCAGGUCGGGCGUGUGUUUCUCCCGGCGCUCAAAUCACUUUCUCUAUUGUCAGUUUAUAUGAUUGAUCAUCCCAACUAUAGUCGGCUCGUCGACGGCUGCCCUGUGCUGGAAGAUUUAUUCAUACGUGAUGAUGGAGAACCAGGUUGCGGUGCGUUCAUAGAAAGUGCAUCCAUCAAGCGACUUGUGGUUUUCACCAGAUGCCGUCCCGUCGAUAGAGACAUGGCUCACGAUCUGAUUUGUUUUGAAGCACCAAGCCUUGUCUACCUUGACUAUUCUAGUUAUGUCUCCGAGAGUUAUGAGUUUAUUGAUUUGGAUUUGCUUGUCGAUGUCAGGCUGAGUCUCAAGUUAUGGGAGUCAACUAACGAUAUUGAUUAUUCUGAUGAUGAUGAUGAUGAUGAUGAUGAUGAUGACGCUGAGGAUGAUGAUGAUGAUGAUAAUUUAAAAUCUUUUUAUGGUAAACAAAAGCCGCUUAUAUUUGGUGAUGUUACAAAGCUAGUUGAGGGUAUAAGCAACAUUACGACCCUUCACUUGUCUCCCAAUUCCCUCGAGGGCAGAUUUUUUUCCGCUACUUGUUCUUCUUCUUCUUGUUGUAAUUGA